AUGAUGUCUUAUCUUAAGCAACCACCUUACGCUGUCAACGGGCUGAGCCUCACCACCUCCGGGAUGGAUCUUCUGCAUCCGUCCGUCGGGUACCCAGGUAAGCAAAAGACCAAACCAAACCGGGGGCUUCCAUUCAGGGAAUCGGGCCAGGGAAUGAUGGAGAGAAAUUCUGGAAAGCAUGUCGGAGUUUCCAGAGGGUACUUUCGGCGGGGGGAUCCCGGCUAGAUUCCGGAGUUGUGGCUGCCUGCAAUCUUCGAUGGAUACUUUCCAGGCGUCCAAAAUGACUUCCGACGGCACAUAUGUUUAAGCGCUCUAGGAAAAAGACCAAGGGAGAUUCGCCCCACUCUCUCCAUCCCAUCUCCCCAAAAUUAGCAUUCCAUUUCCCCUGGGUGCGACAACUUUUGCAUAACUUUGCGGGUUUCCUGGACGGCGCGUCCCCGGAGACUUAUCAGGGAUUUAUUUUAUUUAUGUUUUUUAUUUUGAUUCUGACUGCUUGCUUGGGGAGGAAGGGGGCUCCAAACUUACGGACCUGGAGAUGACCCUGCGCGGGGUGGGGGUCUUCUAUUUGGAUGGAGAAGGGCUGAGGGCUUGUUUCGGGUAGAGAAGGGCUUAAGAGAAUCUGUAGCCGCGAUGAUAGGAUGCGUCAUCCGCGAAUGCCUCUCAGCCCGAAUGCAAGCGGGCUUCCUCCAAAUGCGAGUCCCGUCUUGUGUUCAAGUUUGUUUACUCUCGGGGCGGGAGGAUCGUAGCCUAAGUUCUGAGCUCUAGCGCAAGGCCGGAGGUUGCCCUGAUUCCAAUGAUUGCUGGGAUUUUUUCCCCUUUCCUUCGCUCCAAGACUGCUUUGGGCUCCACUGAAAUCCGCGCGGCUCACUUAUGAGUAAGGCGCUCGGCGUCGCUCAUUGAGGCUCCUCUGGUCUGCCGAAAUCAGGGUGCAAUCCCGUACACACUUACCUGGAAGUAAAUCUCGUUAAACUCAACAGGACAUACUUCUGAGUAGACGCGCACCUCCUCUGUUCACUAGGCCCACUUAACAGGACCUUAGGAGUUAAGGUUAGACUUGUGCUAGAACCCCAUCUCCCGGGCAUGUUUACUCGGGAGUAAGUCCCGUUCCCUUGAGUAGGGCUUUUUCUCCCCGGGUUGGCCGCGCAGCCCGAUCCUAUUAAGCAGAGGGGAGUCCCUACUUUUCUCCAAGGAUUCCCACCCACCCCGGGGAACGUAGUUUCCUUCUCUGUGUGCGCAGAUCUGGAGGAAGCCGAGCGCCUCCCCUUGAAAGCCGGGGGACAUGCAUAAGGAUCGCGACGGCAUGAUGCGGUCCUAGCCGCCCUUCCUUGUUAGGAAAUCCUAGUGAAUUCCCUGGAGCUUACCCCUGAGUAGACGUGCUAUCGGAGCCCUGCCGCGAGCGUUGUGUUUACUCUAGAAGAAGCCUCCUGGCGUAUCGGUUGGGGACUCGUUCACGUGGGAAACGUGUUUGGCCUCGGGAUUGCCCAAAGCCUCCUUCUUAACGGUCUUGUGGAUGGGCACGCGCACGAGGCGAGUUUGCCAGUCGGGUGGGGUGGUGGUGGUGGUGGUCUCGCGAGCUUCUUCCCCUGAACCCCUGCGGACCUUUUCUUUCCCCAGCCACCCCUCGGAAGCAGCGGAGGGAGCGCACCACUUUCACCCGGGCGCAGCUGGACGUGCUGGAGGCCCUCUUCGCCAAGACCCGCUACCCGGACAUCUUCAUGCGAGAGGAGGUUGCGCUCAAAAUCAAUCUCCCCGAGUCCAGAGUCCAGGUAAGCCGAGGAGGUGGUGGUGGCGGCGGCGGUACUGCUGCUUGUGGGGUUAGGGCUCUCCCUGUCUGAAGGGCCGUAGCUCAGAGGUAGAGCAUCUGCCUUGCUUGUGAGAAGUCCCAGGUUCAAAUCCCGGCAUCUCCAGGGGGAGAGAGAGACUCCUGCCUGCAACUGCCUCCACCGGUCAGUGCAGUAGACAAUGUUCCGCUUCUCUAGCACCCCAGAGGUAUGUAUAGAACAAAGCGAGGAAGCAUAGGAUGUCGUCUUAUACUGAAUCAGACCACUGGUCCAUCUAGCUCCAUAUUGUCUACACGGGCUGGCAGCAGCUCUCCAAGGUUUCAGGCAGGAGACACUCCCAGCCCUCCCUGGGGAUGCCUGAACCUGGGACCUCCUGCAUAUAGAUCAGAUGCUGUGCCACUUGGCUGCAGACCAUCCCCAAUAGUCCUUGCUUCCAGUGUAACACCCAUGCCAAAAAAGUGAAGGCAGAUUAAACAGUGGACACACACACCCAUUUCAGAUUAAUGUGGUGGGCAGCGGUCAAGAGGUUUGAAUAGGAGAGAGAUAAAUUUGAUAGGCCUUCGUCUCUCAUCCUGUCUCUACCUCCUCACUCACAACAGUCCUGUGCAAUAGGACAUGUGGUUACCAUUCAGGAGAGCUUGUGUGGGUUGUGUGGGUCUUCACGAUGGCUCGAGUUUGACGUACCAGGGUGCCGUGUCUGAUUUCCAGGAGGGUGAGGUGGAAGAGUCCCAGCAAGACUUUAAGCAGAUAUACGUACAAUCUGAAGGCACACGCGGUCACUGUUUUGCUUUGCUGUUAUUAAUAAGAUCUGGGGCUGGUCAGUGCCUGCCUGGGAACCACAUCAAGAUGCCACCUUGUGUUUCACAAGGAAGGAAGAGCAGGAUAUAAAAGUUAAAAUACAGCAACAAAAAAAUAAAUAAAUUUUGGAAUCUUUGAUUGCUUUCCCAAACCUCAUACAACUUACAGCAGGGUUACUCAUUCACGUUUUGUAACCUGCCUAUUUUGAGAAAAAGAAAACUCACACAUUUAAUUGAUUAUAAGAGAAGGGAGCUAAGUAGUCAUUAAUCCAGCUAACUUCUGAAACGCAGGGUGGGGAGGGGCACCCAUCAAGUCUCCCCAAAUGAUGGCCCUGAAAUGUAGACCUUGAAAGCACAAACCUAGCAUGCUUUCCCUCCCCCCGCCCGCCCCCCAAGCUCCUGGUUUUAUUCCCACUUCUUAAGACACUACAUUAUAUAUAAAAAAAGAGUUUAAAUCUAGGAUGAUUUCUGCACGUAUUGAAAGGAGUAGUGAGUUGGAGUAAUUUGCGAAUGACUGCAAAUGUAUAUAACCUAUAGAUGAACUUGUUGUUGCAGCAGGAGCCAAGGUUGGUUCUGCGCUCUCUGUCCAGAGCCAGGGGCUGGCCCUACCAUGAGACAAGGAGAGGCAACUGCUACAGGUGGCAGGUUCUGGUGGGCUUGGGGCAGUGAGAGCAGCCUCCCGGCUGUUCCUCCUAAGCCCUAGGGAUCAGGGCAGGCAUAGGCAAACUCGCCCUCCAGAUGUUUUGAGACUACAAUUCCCAUCAUCCCUGACCGCUGGUCCUGUUAGCUAGGGAUGAUGGGAGUUGUAGUCCCAAAACAUCUGGAGGGUUGUGUUUGCCUAUGACUGGAUCAGGGUCAUUUUCUUCUGUUGGAGGACAGAGCUGUGUGUUCCAUACAGUCUGUUGGUACCUUGGAGAUUGCUGUUCCAUUGCGGGUGCUGAAGGGAGAUCCAUGCUUUGCUCCUUUGCUUUGAGGUCCAAAAAUUCUUGGGCUGGCCAUGUCCAGGGCACUCAGUACUAAAUCUGGUGGUCCACUUCUGCCACCAUGUGCUCUGGGCAGUGGGACAUGCAGGUCCUUCGGAGAUGGCGGGGGGGGGAGGGGUUUGCAGACCAGAGAUCACAGUUAUUAGGUUGCAAGGUUAAAAUUCUUUCUAAAAUGUACAAACUAUUAUUGGAUAGGAAAUGAAGGAGGAGUUGGUCAAGUCAUCAAUGAUUUAGUUGGGCUAGGGCUAGGGAACACAAUAUUGAUUUAAACUUAUGGGAACAUCUAUGGACAAACAACUUCAAAUUCAUGGCAUGCUAUACUUUAAAGGAAAACCAUCUAAAGAUGGUCCACAGGUGGUAUUUAACACCAAAUAGGCUGGCAAAGAUGUUUAAAUCAUAGAGUGAUAAAUGCUGGAUUACACUGAGUGGAUGUGGGAGGCAAUUCCUAGGCCCUCUGUGGCUUUCUAUAUGUUAUUUUCAUCUUAUGGUUAUGCCUCUCCUUUCUUCCAUCAUGGAGCGAGUGGUUCCCAGGUAGUUCUCCCACCCAGGUACAGACUGGACCCAGGUGGCUGCUGCAACACAUGCCCUCGACUCUCUAGUUGGCCUCGCCAGCUGUUUUUGAUCAGAAUUGAGCCCAAUUGCCUUUAGUCCCUCAACCCAUUGGUCCUUGAGGUGACAGGCCUCUGUAUCUGUUCCAUCAAAUAAAAGAAGGAGACCCUAAUGCUAAAUUAUUGGCUUCCACCCCAAAUAACUACACACAUUGUGUAUUCCGCUUUGAGUUCACACCAGAUUCCAGAACCGUCUUUAGAGAGAGAGAGAGAGAGAGAGAGAGAGAGCAGAAAAGAUCUCACUUCACUGUCCACUUCACAGGGUUGAUUGAAACCAGGUGAAAUCCAGCUCUAUUAAAACUAAAUUGGGGGGUGGGCUGUUUUGUCAUUGGCUACAGGGGAGUGUGUCUGCUGCUGGAUGAAAUAGGUGCAAAAAUGGAUCCGUGGUAGUCUGACCACAAAGCUGAACUAUGUGGCAGGUGUCAUUUGGAAAUUUGGAAGCUGUCCUGGGAGAAAUGCAAACUCUGCAACGGAGGAAAGCUUUCUCCCUGCAGUUGACCAUAAAUGCAAAAAUGAUUUACACAUAAUGAAAUGUUAUAUGAAGAAGAAAUUUAAGUCCAAAUCCAGAUCACAGUGUAGUGUUACUAUAGCUGGGGUUGCCAUGUGUCCUCUUUAUCCAGGACAAGUCCUCUCUUUCAGGGAUAAAAUGUCUGUCCGGGUGGAUUUUUCAAAUUUGCCAAAAUGUUUACGGCGCUACUUUCUGGAUGAGACACAGACAUAACUGGUGACUGAAGACUUGCUUUCCACUUCUCUUCUCCUGCCCCGCUCAGAAAUAUAUCACAGCUUCUAUAGCCCACAUAUAGUAGGGGGUAUGUAAAAUGAGAGUCGUCAUAGCCUCCUCUUUUUUGCUUUUCAAAAUCUGGCAAGCCUAUCACAUGUGCGCUCACUUUCUGUAUGCAUGCUUUGAAGAUGCAUUUUUGUCUGUGGUGCCAUACUUGUGCAUAGGGUAUAUGUGCAAUAUAGAGAGAGAGGGCUGUAAGGACACACACACCCCCAAAAAUCCCUCCUCCCAAACACCAGCCGUCUCCAAGCCCCUGGAUCAUAACAUGAUUCAAUUUAGAUACAAGUUUCCCGUGACUUUCAUGUAUAUAUUUUUACCCUUUGAAAGGGCUCUGAAUUUUGGAGCAAAGACCACUUAGUUCAAUGAAGCUUGCUUUUCAGUAGUUAUGGGCUGAGCUGCCUAGAUGUUUGCAAGAAAGGGUGUGUGGUAGGCAUGGCAAAAGAUAUGUGCUUUCAUCCCUAAGAGACACUUGAUGACAUCACCUCUCUCACUAAUAGUGUAUUCUAAGCAACAGGAAUCAGCAAGGCGAAUUUACACCAUAGACUUAAACUGGUUUAAUAGCCUUUCACUCUCUCUGGGAAAGCCUGGGAACUGGAAUACAGAUAUGCCUGAAGAAGGACCCUUAAUAUCCUUAUUAAACACAGUUAACUAUCACGUUAAACAGGUGUAUAAACAAUAUGUUUGUAGUAGAAAUCUGCCCAUACUGGGAGGUAGAGGAAUCAGUUACCUUUAUUCAUGCUUUCAUUUUUAACACCUAUUCCAGCCUUCGUCAACCCGGUGCCCUCCAAAUGUUUUGAGCUGCAACUCCCAUCAGCCCCAGCCAGCACAUCAUUGAUGGGAAUUGUCGUCCAACGCAACUGGAAGGCACCAGGUUGACCUUUUCAAAAUAUAUUUAUUGGAAUAUAUUUGAUGGCCGCUUCACUUUCACACAUGUGACCUUCAACCGAAACUGCAAACUGCAGCUAGUUGUAGCUUUCCAAGAACUCUGCCUGUAUGAGUGACGUGCAUGCUGCAAUUCUGUUUUACAUUUUUAAAUAAUGUGCCGAAGGUUUACCAUAUUUUUUGCUCUAUAAGACUCACUUUUUCCCUCCUAAAAAGUAAGGGGAAAUGUGUGUGCGUCUUAUGGAGCGAAUGCAGGCUGCGCAGCUAUCCCAGAAGCCAGAACAGCAAGAAGGAUUGCUGCUUUCACUGCACAGCGAUCCCUCUUGCUGUUCUGGCUUCUGAGAUUCAGAAUAUUUUUCUUCUUGUUUUCCUCCUUCAAAAACUAGGUCCGUCUUGUGGUCUGGUGCGUCUUAGAGAGCGAAAAAUAUGGUAAUUAAUAUGAAGAAGCCACUAGUCCUCACUGGGAUUAGCCAGACUUGGGGGUCUUUUCACAUUAUGCGCAACAAACCUCAUGGCACCUGAGACGGAGAGCUAGGAGCCAUGACAGCUUUUUGGCACACGUGUUCGUAAAACGCAUUGCCUUCGAAACGCGUGCUUGCCACCCACAACAUGAUACAGACAUAACCUCUAGAAGUCUUCCCCCACCAUCUGUACUGUAGGAUCAGAGAAAGACCCACUUCCUUCCCUGCUGGAGGGGAAGGGAGAUGUCUGUGUGCACAAUUCAGUUUCUACUGACUGCAGAGGGAAGCUCCUUUCUGCAAAUGGCUGUUCUCCAUGCCUUGCGGAAGUUUCACUUGGUGGAAACGCCCAAGGCUUUCUGACUGCUAAGAGAGGUGAUCUCUUGCAACAGAGGAGCCUUCUCUUCAAUGCUCUCUCAUAGAUGAAGCAGCAAAGAGCAGUCCUGUUACACUCAGGGCUUGUCUACGCUUCUGUUUUUUAGCACUAGAUCAGAACAGACGGCACUCUGCGGAAUAAAUUGCCAUUUAUUCUAAUUCAGCUCUGAAGUUCGGGUUUCCUGGGAGAAAGUGGCGGGGGGGGGGGAGAUAGAGGAUGAGCCCUUAGUGAGAAAUUUGGGGAGUGAGGUGGCCAAGCAGAUAGGCAUCUCUCCUUAGUACUGUAGCUCUGAAGCCACUGUGGUCUAGUGGCUGUGGAAUAUCAUCUGCUCCGAACGGUUGACCACAAAUCAGCACGCUUUUCAUUCUGUGUACUUUUGCCUAGAUGCUAUUUUUGUAUUAGGUGGCUGAGCAAUCAAAGAGAUAAGGAAGAGGUUAAUGGGAUGUGGCUGCUUUCUUUAAAGACAAAUCUGCCUAACAUUUGCAACAUUAGUAGGACUUACAUUUAUUUAUUUUGGGGUUUUCUAUUUAGAACUGAUCAGUGUGGACAACAAUAUACCAUAUUUUUCGCUCUAUAAGAUGCACCAGACCACAAGACGCACCUAGUUUUUGAAGGAGGAAAAUAAGAAAAAAAUUAUUCUGAAUCUCAGAAGCCAAAACAUCAAGAGGGAUCACUGUGCAGUGAAAGCAGCAAUCCCUCUUGCUGUUCUGGCUUCUGUGAUAGCUGCACAGCCUGCAUUCGCUCCAUAAGACGCACACACAUUUCUCCUUUUUAGAAGGGAAAAAGUGAGUCUUAUAGAGCAAAAAAUACGGUAAAUCACACAAUGAGUAAAGCGAACUUAGCAUGAUUAUGCGCCACCAAAUUUAUUUCAUUUUUAAAAAGCAGCAGUGCCUCAGUAGGCAAUGAUGCCAAACAUUUAAAAUGCUUGCAGCCCAGAACAAUAUUAAGAAGCAACAUUUACUUUGCUAUUCAAAAGCAAUAUUUAGAAGAGGAAAAAACAGGAAGGAUAUAACACAUUCCUCAGCUGCUUCUUUCCUUCCUCUCUUCCCCCCCUUCCUCCUCCUCUUUUUCCUGAUAAGCAAAACUUUUAGUAUUCAAAAUUAAAACAAGCAGAAACCACUGUGAAGCAGCUGGUGGGCAAUGACCUGGGGUACCAUGACCCGACCCAGACCCCAUGAUCAUCACCUGAGGCCCUGCUUUGUGUGCUUCCUCUGUGAGAGGUCUGGAGGGUGGGAAUACGAAAUUGGGCCUUUUCUGUGGUGGCUCCCCAUUUGUGGAAUGCUCUUCUCAGCAAGGCUCUUCUGAUGCCUUUGUUACAUAUCUUAGGUGUCAGGCAGAAGCAUCCCUCUUCCCCCAGGUACCAAAAUGGCAGCAUGAAAUAGUGGUUGUGUUGAACCAUCUUGCCUAUGAUUUGGAUUCUACCAUAGAACCCUUUUGGUUCUGCCAUUACUAAACAAAAUCUGUGACUCUGCAACUUACAAUGAAUAGGACACCCUGGCUGUGGAAUAUUUUUCCCACUGAACCUAGGCAGGUACCCACAGGGGUUAGCUUUUGGAGCUAGGUAAACUGUCAAGGACCCUUUACCUUUACCUUUACCUUUACCUUUAAAAGCAUUCCACUAGGCCUUUUGAGCUGGCCUAAUACUGGCCUAGGAUUGGGAAGGACAGAUGGAGGAACGUUAUAUACGAAACUGAGUUCUGAAUUUUUUUAUUUGCUGGGGUGGGUGUGUUAAUGGCUGUUAGUGAUGUGGAGUUAUACCUCGUGACCACCCUUUAAUCAGGUUACGAUGAAGGGUGGAAUUAACUGGGGAGGGAAAGAAGGAAGUUGUGUGUGUGUGUGUGUGUGUGAGAGAGAGAGAGAGAGAGAGAGAGAGAGAGAGCGCGAGCUUCUCAUUAUAUAGGGGAAAGUGUUAGAAUUCUUACAUCAAAUAAUGGGUUACUCCACUGCCCAUCACCAAUAAUAAUAAUAAUAAUAAUAAUAAUAAUAAUUUAUUAUUUGUACCCCGCCCAUCUGGCUGGGUUUCCCCAGCCACUCUGGGCAGCUUCCAACAAAGACCAAAAAUACACUAAAAUAUCACACAUUAAAAACUUCCCUGAAGUUUUCCCUAUGUAAACUAUCCUAUUUGCAGUAAGUUCUAUUAACUUGGGGUACAUUUAAAAAGAUCACCCCUCUCCCCAUAGUCUAAAAUGGUACAAUCCUGUCCAACCACUCACAGCUGCCCUGCACAAACCUAGCCUCCAUCGCAUAACUUUGGGCGGUAGAAAGUCAUGACCUAGCCUUGGGAAGUCAGGGAGUCCAGAACAUCAUGGAGACUCAGGGUGGCCUUUCAGAGGACUGCGCCUCUUGGAUGGUGCAAGGGUGUUGUGUUCGAGGGAGGAAAAGCUGGAACUGACACACACAUAAGCACACGCCCCAUUUGAAACCAGGCUGUUUGAAAGCAAAUGCCAUUGAUUCCACUGGAGAAUGCUUUCCCUUGCAUGCGCCUCGGAUGGAGGCCUUUAAUGUCAGCCCAACCCUACUGUGACUCUGAAGGGGAAGCAGGGACAGGGUUGCUCAGCUUCCUACCUGACUGCUCCCCAUUCAAAGACCUGAUCCUGUAGGUGGGCUGGAAGAGGAAAGAAUACGCAGCUCAUUUAAAAGAACAAGCUUGCUUCCCUCCCACCCAAUUGCUCCCUUAAUUGUUAAAACCCCCCUCCCUUUCUAAUACUCUGUUCUUUUUAAUUAAGGGCUUGACUUCAAUAGGACUUAAGUGGAGGUCCUUUGGGUACCCUAAGCUGGCAAGCUCACGGGCUUGGGAGGGGCUUCUCUCCUCUCCCCCACCCACCCACCCUUUCCCCAAAGUGGCCUUCUUAAGCAAUUGGGUUUGCUUCGUUCUACAUGUGAAAUCACUGGUUGGCAUCCCUGAGGUCAAGCUGGUGCCAUAUAGGAGGUUCCAACUCUUACAUUCCUUUUCGUGGUCUGAGAUACAAGCGUUGGUGAUGAUCCCUUGCUGUAUUAAGGCUGUGGAGCCUCUCUUGCCUGGUACAGAAAACCAGUGUUCGGGGAGUCUCAAAUAUGAGGAGCUGAGAGAAGGGGGAGAGUACAAUGGAACAGUCAAAUCAUAUCUGGCUGCUGAGGGCUCACAUCUCAUGAUCAUCAACCUUGGUCACCUUGACUCAAACCGCAGCUCUUGGCUCCCAUUGACCAGUCACAGGUGAUAAACCAUCACAGAAUCUCAAAUUGCAGGCUGAGAAGCCUCCAAGCUAGACAUGUGUUGGCUUUGCUUCCAUGAUGCCACAGCACCAUCAGAGCUGUCGCCAUAUUUUUCUCCUUCAGCUGAAUGAAUGAAUGAAUGAAUGAAUGAAUAUCCUUCUUAGGUAAAAACAAAAAAAUACCAAAGGAAUUUUGAUGGGAGCAAAGAAAUUGGGAAGACUAACUGAAAAGUUCACCCAAAAAAUAUUAAGGCAGGUUAUUCAUCGAGUUGAAUUGUAGGUGUUGUCUGCCUCUCACCAGAGCCUGCUGUGCUUUGGGAAGUCCAGGGUAUGCUAAAGGUAAUCUUUCCAUUCAAUGAGCAAAGCUGAUCAGAUAUAGGAUUAGAGUUGUCAUGAAAAGCAAAGUUCUGAAACAAAUAUGCUCCUUGCUCCCUGAAACCUGCCGUUCAAACCACGCACUGCGUUGUGGUGAGCCAACGUUGACUCUUGACCUGCUUGAAGAAAGCACACAAGGAAUUUUGAAGGAAGGAAAAAAGAGAUUUGAUCAGAGCAGUGGCCUUUAUCCGUGGAAUUCCUCCUGCCCUUAAAUUCUACCUUCUAGCUUGAAAUCAGAGCCAUUGUCACGUACAACUUUGCUGCGAUUUACAUGACUAACGAGCGUUCUUCUUCUGUUCCCGCUUUUUCCUAUUGGUUUUCCAGGUGUGGUUCAAAAACCGGCGCGCCAAGUGUCGCCAACAGCAGCAGCAGCAGCAGAAUGGGGGCCAGAACAAAGUGAGGCCGGCAAAGAAGAAGAGCUCUCCAGCCCGAGAAGUGAGUUCAGAGAGCGGGACCAGUGGGCAGUUCACGCCUCCAACCAGCACCUCAGUCCCUACCAUCUCCAGCAGCAGUGCCCCAGUGUCCAUCUGGAGCCCUGCCUCCAUCUCCCCACUCUCUGACCCCCUGUCCACCUCUUCUUCAUGCAUGCAGAGGUCUUACCCUAUGACCUACACUCAGGCUUCUGGCUACAGCCAAGGGUACGCUGGCUCAACCUCCUAUUUUGGAGGGAUGGACUGUGGAUCUUAUCUAACCCCUAUGCACCACCAGCUCCCCGGACCGGGGGCUGCCCUUAGCCCCAUGGGCACCAAUGCCGUUGCCAGCCAUCUCAACCAGUCUCCGGCUUCACUCUCCACCCAGGGCUAUGGGGCUUCAAGUUUGGGGUUUAACUCGACCACCGAUUGCUUGGAUUAUAAGGACCAAACAGCCUCCUGGAAGCUAAACUUCAAUGCUGACUGCUUGGAUUAUAAAGACCAGACGUCCUCCUGGAAGUUCCAGGUUUUGUGA